UCGCAGCUCGCCUGUUUCCGACUGAAGGAGCUUAAGGACGUGUUGGGCCAUCUAGGUCUCUCAAAAUCCGGCAAGAAGCAGGUGCUGGUGGAUCGAAUUGAAGCGCUCUUAUCAUCCCCAUCUGUCCCCUUCAACGGCCGCGUGCCCACCAUCACUCCCACGCAAGUAGCCGAGUUCAUUCAAGAGACAUACAGGUCGCUGCGAAGCACUGGGCAGCAGGGCGACACGCCAGUCGCCUCCCCAGUGCAGCAUCAGAGGGGGCGAGAGGAGAUGCCUUGUUGUGUCUCUACGAAGCACUGGGCAGCAGGGGGACACGCCAGUCGCCUCCCCAGUGCAGCCGCAGAGGAGACGCGAGGAGAGGGUCGACAGGGACGUGGGGGAGGGCGCGGAGGAGCGGAGACAGCUGGUAGGGCGGAGACAGGUGCUAGGGUAGAGGUAGUGGGUAGGACAGAGGCGGGAGCACAGGAAGACGGGAAUAUGGCUCCUGAUGGAGGCUUCGCUUCCCCGCAGCAGCAGCAGCAGCAGCAGCAGCAGCAGCAGCAGCAGCAACACCACCACCAGCAGCAGCAGCAAAGUAGACAUGGGCAUGGGCAUGGGCACGGGCAUGGGCAUGGGCAUGGGUCAUCUAGGGGAGUGAAAACAGAGCCAGGCGGGGGAGGGAGGGCUAGUAAGAGGGCGGCUGCUGGAAGGGGGGAUGUGUACGGGCAGCAGCAGCAGCAGGUGGAGGUGAUUCGGUGCGUUUGCUUACGAAACUUUGACAACGGGAAGACUAUGAUCCAGUGCGAGGGCCAGGGGUGUGGAGUGUGGCAGCAUGUGAAGUGCGUCAUCCUGCCAGAGAACCCGCCUCUCACGGGAGACACCUUCUGCUGCCCAUCCAUUCUUGCUCUCCCCCACGGGCCCCACCCCUUACCCCACCGUUUGCAGUGCGAGGGCCAGGGUUGUGGCGUGUGGCAGCAUGUGAAGUGCGUCAUUCUGCCAGAGAACCCGCCUCUCACGGGAGACACCUCUGCAGCGCCCCAGCCUGACCUUCCCCUCCCGGAACACCACUACUGCGAGCUCUGCCGCAUGGCCCGGGGUGACCCGUGA